AUGGGCGGUGACUGCGCGGUAGCUCAUCUGAGCCGGCCCGUGCUCCCUGUCCUCAGCCACACCCAGAGACCGGGCCUCCCCUGGGGGUCAGACUCCACAAGCCCACGGACCAAAGCCUGCCUGCAGCCAGGAAGCCUGCCGAGCGCUGGGCCCCAGCACUUUGGCCAGCCUCUGCCCCAAGCCUACCGCAUGGCCUCUCGGAGCCUGCCCGACCCGGCCCUGCCGUCCCCUCCCCACCCACCCCAGGCCACCAAUGGCAUCCCCAGACACCAGCCACAAAAGGCGCUCUGUUGUCCCGGCCGGCCCCCUGAACAGUGCCCGCCUGUGUCCUGCCCUGGGGAGAAGGCUGCCCUGGGGGAGGGGCGGGUGGGCAUCCGCGGGACGGACGGCGGUCCGCGGGCUGGCGGCCUUGAAGACACCCCGCGCUCCGGCGCUCGGGACCUGUGCUCACACCCACCAGCUCUGAGCAGCGCUGCCCCACCCCCAUCCCCCACCGGGCAGACACACCGGGCCUUCAGGGAGCUCUCCCGAGGAGGGGAGGUUCCCGAUAUUCUGGCUGCAACCUACGCCCCUGCCUCUCCUCUCUGCGACCCCCUGCUUGGCACCGAGAGGAAGCCCGUGCUCCCCGAGGGAGACACAGCGUCCUCGCCCACUCAGCUGCUGGUCAUGGGUGAUGCCCUGCCCAAGCCCCACGCCAGGGUCUCUUCCUGGGGUUCCCAGCAAGAGGGGCUCAUCCAAGCUGCUCAGGUCCUCCGCCUGUCCUCCCACCUCAGGGACCCCUCAGCCGUGUCUCAGCUGAGAAUCAGCACCCCCAAAACCAGCCACCACGUGGGGGAUGGGGGCCACCUGGCCCUCAUCUCACCAUCCAUCGCAGCCUCUGAGGCCCUGGAAACCGCCUGCCCUGGAGGCCUCUCUGGUCCCGCAGCCACCCAGUCACUCAGCAGGGACCAGUCCGUACCCGCCCCCCCAAAAAUCGCAGCUCUGACCGGUAGCACGGCCACAGCCACGCAGGCUGGGGGCCAGAGAGUUCCAGAGGACAGACCCAUCAGAAGUAAAACGUGGUUAGAGUCAAUCCUGCCAUCCCGGGCGCGCAUUGACACAGAUCUGCUCCGCGCACGCACACACGUGUGGCAGUCUGCGUGCCUGCCCACACAAGCCGCCAACCUGCCGGCCGGACACGCACGUGCAAGCGUGGCACACAGGUACCCAAACGCGCUCCUCACGCCCGUGUACCGGGCACGCGGGCACGGCGAGUGCGGGGAGGCGGCUGACUGCGCUCGGGCCCUGACGAGGGAGCCUACGGCCAGCCGAGAGGCGGGGGCGGCCGGGCUGCGGGAAUGGGGCGGGCGCCCGGGCCGCGGACAAGACGGAAGGGGCGGGGGCAGCGCGCCGCCCUCCGUCGCCGCCGCCACCACCGCAGCCUCGCGCCCGCCGCCCUGGCCGGAGCUGGAGGCGUCCCCGGGGGGCGGACUCGCCCCCAGGACCCGCUCCGGAGGCGGGCCCGGGCCAGGUGGGCCGGCCAGGGGGCGAGAAUGCCGAGGGAGGUUGCCCGCGCCCUGCGGCUCGUCCGGACCCGCCGAGGCCGCCUCCUGCCCGGCCCCGAGGCCGCGCGUCCGCAGGCGCUCAGCUGCCUCCGGACCCGGCCGGCCGGGACGCUGCGGGCCCAGCACGCUGCGGGCCCAGAGCAUCGGAUGUCCGGGAGAGCGCCGAGGGCCUGGGCCGGAAGGGCCCCCAGAGCCUCCCCCUCGCCCCCAUUUCACGGACGCGGCCACCGAGGCCGGAGAGGGGCCGGAGCCUGCGGGCGAGGCAGGGCCCCCCAACUUGGCUGCGUCCCCUCCCGGCCCUGGGUCUGGAGCAGAGCGACGUGAUGCCGAGGGGGGCGAAUCCCCUUUCCCGCCCCCGCGCGGGAGCGCGGCGGGGACAAGCGCCCUUCCCCGGGAUCGGAGGCGGCAAACUCCGCGCUCGAGCCUCCGCGCCGCGCCCGCCGGCGGAGCCGCGCGCCGCCUUGGCGCAUUCCCGCCGGCCUCGCUCUCGGCCUCCCGCUGCCCGGGUUCCGGAACUCCCAGGCCGGCCCCCCGCCCCCCAGAUCCAGGCGCAACAAGUCUGAAAGCAGCGCCGAACAAGAGCGAGCGAGCCGGGAGGAAGGGCGCGGGGCUGAGCGCUCCGGGAUCCCGGAACGCGCGCAACGUCCGCCUCCGGGGACGCGGCGCCGGCGGCGGGCGGUCCGGGCUGAUCGGCUGGCGGCCCCCACCCCUUGAGCGGCCCUGA